AUGGUCUUGCUCAAGACUGUCCUCUUCGGAGCGCUAGCCGCCACCGCCGCCGCCAAGUCCGCCGUUAUUGACCUGAUCCCCAAGAACUUUGACGAUGUGGUCCUAAAGUCCGGCAAGCCUACACUGGUCGAGUUCUUCGCUCCCUGGUGCGGCCACUGUAAGACUCUGGCUCCCGUGUACGAGGAGCUCGCCGGCGUCUUUGAGCACGCCAAGGACAAGGUGCAGAUCGCAAAGGUCGACGCUGAUGCCGAGCGCGACCUCGGCAAGCGCUUCGGCGUCCAGGGCUUCCCCACGCUUAAGUACUUCGAUGGCAAGAGUGACAAGCCCGAGGAGUACAACUCGGGCCGGGACCUCGAGAGCCUCACCGAGUUCAUUACCCAGAAGACUGGUGUCAAGGCCAAGACGAAGAUUCAGGCCCCGUCCGAGGUUGUCGAGCUCCACGACAACACCUUCAAGGAGACUGUUGGCGGCGACAAGCAUGUUCUUGUUGCCUUUACUGCCCCGUGGUGCGGACACUGCAAGAAGCUUGCCCCCGUCUGGGAACUCGUCGCUACCGCGUUCGCCAACGAGAAGAACGUCGUCAUUGCCAAGGUCGAUGCCGAGGCCCCCAACAGCAAGGCCGUGACCGCCGAGUAUGGUGUCAAGUCCUACCCUACCAUCAAGUUCUUUGCCGCUGGCGACAAGAAGGGCGUCGACUACGACACUACCCGAUCCGAGGCCGCCAUUCUCGAGUACAUCAACGAAAAGGCUGGUACGCACCGUCUCCCCGGCGGUGAGCUCGACAACACCGCUGGCACCGUCGCUGUCCUCGAUGCCCUCGUCAAGAAGCUGACUGGUGGCGCUUCGCUCGCCGAGGUCGCCGCCGAGGUAAAGAAGGAGGCUGGCAAGCUUAAGGAGGCUGCCGAGCUGAAGUAUGCCGAGUACUACGUCCGCGUCUUUGACAAGCUCAGCCAGAACGAGGGCUGGGUCAAGAAGGAGUCGGCCAGACUCGACAGCAUCCUGACCAAGGGUGGACUUGCCCCCUCGAAGCGCGACGAGAUUAAGACCAAGGCCAACAUCCUCAAGAAGUUCGUCGAGGACGUUGCCGAGAAGAUUGAGGAGGCCAAGGAUGAGCUGUAG